AUGGAUAAUGUAGAUCAACCCGAAAGUGAUAUUCUAUUAGAAAAUAAUGAAAUUAAGGAAAUAGUUGCUAAAUUACCGGAUAAAAGUUUAUAUGCACCAGAGAUAGCUCAAGUCAUAACAACAUAUCUACAAGUAAUUAAUGAACCUGUUGCUACAAAAGAAAUACUUGAUAAUGAGAGGAUCAUUUCUAUAGUUCAAGCUGAUAAAAAUGAAGAAUCAGUUAGCCAAGAAAUUAAUGAUGAAGGUGAAGUAUCUGAUUUACCCAUAACAGCUACUAAA